AUGGCUUUACCAAAUGCAACUUUGGAUUUUUGGAGUGAAAACAGUGUUUUGCUUCAGCCUCUUUGGGACAAACUGAGAGUGGACUACAGAGAUUGUCUUCGCUCACCACUCUUCCCCAUUAUUCUCACCGUGUCGUCCUACUUCAUCUUGUGUCUUCCUUUUCUAAUGUGCGACAUGGCGGGAGACAGCUGGCCAUGGGUGCAGCGUUUCAAGAUGCAGCCAAGACGGAGGCCCACAACAUCCAUGCUGCUGCACUGUGCAGGUGUCACCCUUUAUAAUCAUGUUUUUCUGGUUCUCCCUGCAUCAGUAGCUCAGUGGAUAUGGAGGCCACCCGUGGAGUUGCCUGACAAGGCACCGUCUUUCCAGGAGCUGAUAUUUGGAGUCCUGGGCAACCUACUGCUCUUUGACCUCCAGUACUACAUCUGGCAUGUGCUACAUCACAAGAUACCCUGGUUAUACGUCACCUUCCAUGCAAUCCAUCAUAACUACUCCUAUCCCUUUGCUCUGGCCACUCAGUGUCUGGGCGGGUGGGAGCUCCUCACUGUCGGGUUUUGGACCACUCUGAACCCUGUGCUUCUGAGAUGCCACCUGCUGACCACAUGGACCUUCAUGGUGUUGCACGUCUACGUCUCUAUAGAGGCGCACUGUGGUUACGACUUCCCCUGGUCCAUGUCACGUCUGAUACCGUUCAGCCUGUACGGAGGGCCCAGCAAACACGACGUGCACCAUCAGAAACCUAAUACAAACUUUGCUCCUCAUUUCAGCCACUGGGACAAAAUAUUUGGCACCCAUGCUGAGUUCAGUUUUGUUACGACAAGCAAAAGAUGGAAAAUGUAG